AUGGCUCUGGCUAACACUUUUGAUGGCAAAAUUCGAGAGAUACCAGGCGUGUGUGUUGACAACUUUAGCUACAAAGGAGAGGUAUUUUUUCUUACGCAUUGUCACCUGGAUCACCUCAAUGGUUUAUUGGAAAAUUCCUUUUGCGGUCGCGUGUUUUGUUCACAGUUGACCAAGGAUAUCAUUGCCCUAGAUCAUCGAUAUAAUGACAUAUUGAGGUUUUUAAUAGUGAAGGAGUAUAACGAACCAUUUGAGGUGCAGACGUUUUGCUCUUCAAUGACAGUGACAAUGUUGAAGACGUAUCACUGUCCGGGUUCAUCAAUGUUUUUGUUUGAGUGUACCAAUGGCGUCUCAUGCUUGGCAACUGGUGAUAUCAGAGCUGAAAAGUGGUGGGUUUCAUCACUCAUUCAGAAUCGAUAUAUAUUCCCGUACAUCACAGGAUUGAAAACACUUGAUCAGAUUUAUCUAGACACGACAUUUUCAUAUCGAGGAGAACCAUAUAUUUCAAUAAUGCCAAACAGUGAGGGAAUUACAGCCUUGAUUGAGCUUCUCAAAUUGUACCCCGUUGACAAAGAGAUUGAAUUUUCAUUUAUCGAUGCGGUGUCAGGGUCGGAGGAGGUUUGGCUGCGAGUGUUGGAUCAUUUUAAUGGUACAUUAGAUGCUGAUCCAUCGAUAAUUGAACGCAUGAAAUUGAUAAAGUGCAAUCCUAGAAGCCCUGGAUCAAUGGUUUUCAAUGUUGGAAAUUUGUACAAGGAUAUCCCACUAAUGAUCACAAUCAAGCAUUGUAUCGAUUUCAAUAUUGUGGACUACGCUGGAUUCUGUCUCCCCAAGAAACUUUACGAUGUUGAUGCUUCAAAUCUCACUUUACUUCGAAUACUAGGUUCUGGAAAUCAGAUUUACUCCUAUGAUGGAAAAACUUGGCUCUUACCGUUAAAUGGAGAAGAACUACUACCGACAAACCUAUUACUUAUGAUUUCCCGCCACUCCUCUUAUGAAGAGUCUAUUGAGUUGGUUAAACUAUUCAAACCAAAGCUGGUUUUUCCAUGUGUUGAAUCUAAAAGGUCCUGGUUGAAUGGUUUCACUGUGGGUAGAGUAUUUGGCCCCUUUUGCUCCUCAUCGAAACAUUUGUUUGAUAUUGAAAAUUUUCGAAAGUAUGGGCAACCACCGCGUAUGGUUUUGGAUCGUCCCGUGUCAAAGAUAAACCGCUGGUCAUUUACUCAAUGCACUGAAGAGAUCAAAUUUGUCAAAGAUUUCAUCACUAAUCCGAGGCCAUUCAAGGGGCAGAUGAAACUAGGUCAAAAUACCGUAGAUCAAGAAUCAUGGAGUCAAGGUUUCAAGUUACAAUCUAUUAUAGCUGGCAGAGGGGAGGAAAAGUACAAACGAAUCGUCAAUUACCAUCAAAAUAAAGAUCUUCGUUUAAUUGUCUCCACGGUUCAAAACAAACACACUCAGCACGACUCAGAAUCCGAAACAGAAUCAGCAUGCUCCACUGACUACGAUACUGAUUCAACAAGCACCUCGGUGAUUGCUUCCAGUUGUGUAUUUGAAAAAUCAUUUUCAGAGGUUCAAUUGAUGCCAGAUGAUAAUUUUCUAUCGCCAAGUCUCAAUCUUCAUAAAAUUUCUGAAAUAUCGAAUGCCAUUCGGUCAGAUCGAAGAUCUUGGAAUUCAUUCAAACUCAAAUCGGUUAGGUAA